GGCACAGUGUUAUUGCGAAGGAGCAUUGAAUGCCACGCGUCUAUUGUCAUUGUUGAUACCACCAUUGCUAAGGUAGCAAAUGAGAUGGUACUUUGGUCAUAUGAACUCAUUAAAUGUGUCUAACAGAAGGUUGUCCAAAACCAUCAUGCAGAAUCUUACUUCAAAAACAAGUUUACUAACAAUUGUAAUAUUUCUUGGACUGGCUUUGGUAUAUUUGUGGUUCAGGUACAGUGCUGGAUUAGCAGCUCUCUUACAUCAACGUGCCGUAUGGGAAUAUAGAUAUGACAGUCUUCUGCAUCAAUUUGAAAAGUACAGUGCAGAGAUGAAGGUAAAGUCCAGUAGGCUAAACUGGAAAAGUGUGAGGGAAGAAAAGUUGCUCAAGGCCCCAAUACCUUGGGAUGAAUUCAAGAGCUCACACCCACUGCCAACUGUGGACAAGAAAGACAUGCAUGAUAAGUGGCUAGUUGUUACAACAAUAAGUGAACCGACCGAAGACGUGAAGAAAUUAGCCAAAAUUGAAGGUUGGAGGUUGCUUGUUGUCGGGGACAAGAAGACUCCAGAAGGAUGGAAAGUUGACAACGCAAUUUACUUGGGGAUUAAGGAACAAGAGGAACUCGGGUACAAUUUUGCCAAUCUGAUGCCUUACGGAAACUAUGCCAGGAAAUCAAUUGGACAUUUGUACGCAAUACACCAUGGUGCCAAGUUCAUUUAUGAAACAGAUGACGACAACCAUCCAUCUGAUGGCAAGCUACACUUUCAUGAGAAAUUCAAAGAUUCCUAUCUUGUUUACAGCACCAAUCGAUCUGUUGUCAAUGCCUACGAGUUUUUAGGUCAAAGCACCAUUUGGCCAAGGGGCUAUCCUUUAGAUAUGAUUGCAGAGCCCCCAGAAUAUCAUGCGAUGAAAUGCGAAGGGGCGCAGCCGCUUGUACAACAGGGAGUUGUAGAUGGUGACCCAGAUAUUGACGCAAUUUAUCGACUAACAAGAAAGGAUAAAGGUGUCCGUCUUGAUGUCAAGUUUGAUCGAGAGCAAGAUGUUAUUCUGCUGCCAAAGGGGAGUUUCUGUCCCUACAAUGCGCAAAAUACCUUGUAUGUGUAUGAUUCUUUUUGGUCAUUGCAGUUUCCUUCGACAGUAAACAUGCGUAUCACUGAUAUAUGGCGUAGUUAUUUCAUGCAAAGGCUGUUUUGGGAAAUUGGCGGCCAUCUUAGUUUUUUUCCUCCAAGUGCGUAUCAAUAUAGAAGUGCUCAUAACUACCUCAAAGACUUCAAAGACGAGAAACUGCUUUAUUACGAUUCUGGUAGGAUGGUCGACUUUCUUUUAAAAUGGAAACCGAGGUUUGAAGAUCUUUUUGACAACAUUUUGGACCUGUCCAUCCAAUUUGCCCACAUGGGGUUUUGGGGACCGGCUGACAUUCACUUGACUGAGGCGUGGCUACAGGAUCUUGUGAGGAUAGGCUAUAAGAGACCAAAGAAAAACCCCCUACAAGGGCCUUGCAGGAAGAUUGUUGAAAAAAGCUUAGUUGAAAAGAAGCCAAAAGAACAGCCCUCGUCUUACCUUCGUGCCGGCAAGAAAUUGGUCAAUGUAAUUGCAGUUUGAAUUAACUUGAGGGAGGGAGAGAAGGUUAAAUAUUUAUUAUAAGACAUGUUUUCUUCCCCGGGUCUCGACCGGGUAGCACCUAGAGUGAUAACUGUUGUUCUCCAAAUACUUGUAAGUGAGUUAAACGAGAGUCAAUAGCAAGUGCUCUUCUUUUAUUGUUUCUGGUUAAACACAUUGAAGAUGUAAUGUAAUUUCAAUCUUAUUAAAUGUUGAGUGUCGUUGGCAGUAUGGAGGCAUAUUGGUAAAUUUGUUGCAGGGGCAUAAAUCUCAAUGGCCAAACUCUUAUAAUUGAAAGCGUAGACAUUAUUAACCGUGCGAUUGUUUUUCUAACUUCUUGCUUGGUUUAAUUAUUCAAGGUUGUAGAUGAUUUUUUUGGGAUGAAAUUGAAAUGUCAGUGAUUUAUCAUUAUACUCUGGCUGCGAUUUCUUAACAUGUUUUAUCAGUUUUAACCAUUUCUGUGCGAUCGAUAUUUAAUUUGUUGGACUAAUGACUCUGGAAAUAUUGUAUUUAUUUAUUGUGAAAUUGGUUUUGAAAAAAGCGUGAACUAAA